AGUCGAAACUUUUUAUCAACACUCAUUUUUAUCACCACAGAGUACUUACAUUUGUAUAUUAAGCUAAUUGUUUAUUACCCAUAGUAAUAUUCAAUCGUGCGUAAAAAAUAAAUAUUAUUCAAAUUCAAAUCAAAAUUAGUAGUGAAUUAAAAAUAAUACAUUUCCUUGUAAAAUUUUCUUUCAAAUAUGCUAAUUAAGCAUUAAUUACUUUUCCAAUAAGUAUUUAAAAACACUAAUUUAAAUAAAAAAAUACUAGUAAAAAUUAGUCCAGCUUAACAUUGUAAUGUGUCUUAUAUAAUCAAUGUAAUGGUUUUAAGUGUAUUUAAACAUUUACCACUAGUUAGAACUAAACUUAAGAGAUUUUUAUCAACCAUGACAAGUCCUAUAGUACAAAUAAAGGAUGGCCAAUUGAGAGGAAAUGUACAACAAUUAUUUGAUAAUUCUGAAUACUAUAGCUUUAAAGGUAUUCCAUAUGGACAAGCACCUGUGGGAAAACUCAGGUUUAAGGCACCACUACCUGUACAACCUUGGCAAGGUGUUUACAAUGCAACAGAGCAUGGUUCUGUGUGUCCACAAUUUGAUGUUUACACCCGACAAUUACAAACAGGGAGCGAGGACUGUUUGUUCCUCAAUGUUUACACAAAAUCACUGAACCACAACGCAAACAAAGCAGUAAUGGUAUUUAUACAUGGUGGUGCUUAUAUGUUUGGAUCUGGUGAUGAUACUCUACUUGGUCCUGAAUUUUUAGUACAACAUGACAUUGUAUUAGUUACAAUUAACUAUAGACUAGAGGUGUUUGGAUUCCUCUGUUUGGACAUCCCUGAAGUACCAGGGAAUGCUGGAAUGAAAGACCAAGUACUGGCCUUACAAUGGGUCAAAAACAAUAUACAACAAUUUGGAGGUGAUGCUAAUAACAUAACAAUAUUUGGAGAGAGUGCAGGCGCUGCUUCUGUCACAUACCAUCUAAUAUCACCUUUGUCAAAAGGAUUAUUUAAUAAAGCUAUUGCACAAAGUGGAACUUGCACUGUAGACUGGGCGCAAACAAUAAACGCACAAGAUCGGGCUUUUAGACUAUGCAAAGUUCUUGGUAAAGAUACUAGAGACCCUAAGGAGGCUUUGGACUUCUUACAAAGUGUACCCAUGAAGGAUUUAAUCCGGAAAACAUUUAAAACAAUGACCAAAGAAGAGGAACAUAGAGGAUUACCAAUGCAUUUUGUGCCAGUUGUAGAAAAGUUCGAUAAUAAUGCCUUCCUUUCUGAAAAGCCUCAGGACUUAUUAAUUGCUGGUAAAAGUCUUAACAUACCUCUCAUGAUAGGAUACAAUAAUAAGGAAGGCAUGAUAUCGGUGCCCAUGGAAGUCGCAAAGUUAGAAUAUAGGAAUAAAAUCCCAUCGUCAUAUAUACCAAGAAGCAUUUGUAACAACAUAACAGCUGAUAAACUCAAUGAAUUUGGAAAAAGAAUCAAAGAGUUUUAUUGCAACGGUAAAGAUUUUAAUGCUGAAGAUGUUGACAGAGUAUGUUCCUUACUGUCAGAUUUAUAUUUCGUCAGCGCAAUACACAUUUUUACGUAUAAUUAUGCGAAAAAUGCGGAGUCUGUGUAUAUGUAUCGAUUUAAUUUUGAUACAGAGUUGAAUUUACUUAAAUCUAUAAUGGGCUUUAAUAUGAAAGGAGCAUCGCAUGCUGAUGAAUUGUUUUAUUUAUUCUCAAGUAGUUUUAAUAGAGAUACAUAUCGCGAUAAUCCAAGAUUAAAAGAAAUUGUUGAUCAAGUUACAAUGUUAUGGACAGAUUUUGCCAAAAACGGGAAUCCAACAUUGAACAGUCCUGGAAUUAAAUGGAAUCCAUACACAAUAGAUGGGAAGGAAUACUUAAAUAUUGACGAGUAUUAUUCUUCUGGAAAAUAUGCGGAUAGAGAAAAUGUGGAAUUUUGGAAUAAAUUGUACAAAGAAGCUGGGUUGAUGCAUAUAAGCAAAAGUAAAUUAUAGUGGGUUGUUAUUUAUUCAAUUGGUCGGUGAAUGGAGGUUUUGGUGCUGUAGAUUACAAUAAGAGUGUUUAUUGUUACAAUAGGUAUAUCUAUUUAUUUAUUGUAUGCAUAGUUUGGUCUUCUGUCAUAAAAUAAUUCUUCUGUCAUAAAUUUGAUAUAUUCUUCUUGUUAUAAUAUGAGGCUAUUAUGGUUUAAAUGAUAAUUAAGGAUCCAAUAGAUAAAUAGAUUCAAGAAGUAGUGACAUAUACAGUUUCCUUUAGGCGAAAAUGUCCAGCUUAUAGAAAGAGAAGGAUGAUCCCAGUACUCUAUCUAUCUCUAUUGACGUUGUAAACCUUUGAAUUGUACUUCAAUGUUACCACCGCUGAUUCUAAAAGAAAAAGAUGAAAUAAAUGGGGUACCACUAUCUUCCUUCUCUUAAGGUCAGCUGAAGGGAUGAUAUAGAUAGUGGUGGUUCGAGACAAGUCAGGGUUCGAGACCAGGCGAGUGACUGGUUUUGUGGUAUGGGAUAUUGGGUCAAUUAGUAGAAUGUAGUAUUUAUUUAGAAUAUUCUUAGCAAGACUUGUAAGUUUAUAUUUGAAAAAUAUAAACGGCUGAAAAGUUGUUGUUAAAACUGUUAAUGAGAUCAAUGAGUAUUUUAUGUAUGUUUAUAAAGUAAUUCUAGUUUUUAUAGCAAUAUUUACAAUAAUAUACAGUUAAUAAAAAAAUAAAUAUUUUUGAUAUGAAUCUUUAAAUUCGAGAGAUAUAGAUAGUGUGGUUUAGAAACCAUGCUAUAUGAAAGAAAAGUUUAUCAACCACUUCUAGUCAAUAUGACUAUAUCAUAAUAUACAGGCAAUUAGAAUUGAGAUGACCUAUUUAAUGUGAGAGUUGCAUCAAUGAUAUAUUAUUAUUAAUUAAGAUAUUUAACUGAUGUGAUAUACUUGGGGAAUGUUUUUACAUUAUUAUAUAUUUAAAAU